GAAAGUGAAGACAUGGGUUCGUUGACAGCGACCUUGCAAGGGCCAUCUGGUUGGCCCGACUUUGCCACAGAGACACGAGGGGUAUGUUCCAACGUCCCAUCCCCAACAACCACCGAAGGAUCGGCGGCAGGCUCGACAAAUCAGUUGUCGACUGCAGUCCCUUUCCCUAGUAGCGUGAGCGCAGUCCCCAAACCAAUCAGCAUGGAGAUCAUCAUCAAGGCUUGGGGCCACAUGGCCAGCGGAGAAGGCCGACACUCGUGUGCGGAUGUAGAUGUGUUGGUCCAGUUUCGAACCCAAUAG